UCCAGUCUGGUUACUAAACCGUUUCCUCAGCGCAGGAGAAUCUGUCCCGUUAGAUCGUUUCGGUGUGUGGUUAAUACGUCUUUCUGAAAAAAUAAAAUAAAAUAAAACCUUACCGCCUAUUCCACAUAUCAGUCCCGCAGUUUUGGUUUUAAUCAUGCGCAGCUGCCGUGUUCCCCAUCUGCUCCUCUGUCUGCUUUGCGUCGGACUGACGGCUCAAACUAAUCUGGAAACGGAUGAGGUUGUUCCCAGGCUGGUGUCCAGGCAGGAGAUGUACCUUUCCGAGGAUCCUGUCUACAGGUUACGACAACGUCAUCAGUGGCCCUUGGAUUUCUCGAGUAAAGAACAUUCUGAGGCAGAGAACAUUAUUGUGUCGCUGUCGGCUUUUGGAAGGAGUCUGUAUCUUAAUUUAACACAAGACCUUAAAAUUCUUUCAAGAGACUUUGUUGUAGAGGAGAGGCUCAGGAACCAAAGUGUAGUAGUCAGACACUUAUCCAUGAAGCAGCUUUGUUUUUACUCUGGCUUUAUCAUCAACCAUACAGACUCUCUGGCAUCCCUGAGCACCUGUGGCGGUUUGACUGGGCUUAUUCAGAUUGGGAAGGACAGCCUGUUCAUCCAGCCUGUGGAUGAUCAUGAUCCAUCACAGUCAUUCUCCGGAAUUAAGCACCAACUGCUUCGACACCAUUGUUUCCCGAAGAACAAUCCUGGUCAGUGUGCUGGCCAGCCCAUCCACUGUGAGACUGUAGAAGGGGAGAAAAAGAAGAGGAAGCCAAAACUGAGUGAAGAUGAUCGCAGGAAGAGGAACACCAUGAACUUGCACAAAACAUACACUUUAGAGACCGUGGUAGUGGCAGACUUUGACAUGGUGCAGUACCAUGGUGCUGAAGUGGCGCAAAGAUUCCUGCUUACUAUCAUGAAUAUGGUUGACAACAUGUUCCAGCACAGGAGUCUGGGAGUUAAGGUCGACAUAAGAGUCAGUAAACUGGUGUUGCUUCACACCCGCCCGGAAAAAUUAAAGAUAAGCCACCAUGGACAAAGGUCUCUGGAGAGCUUUUGUCAAUGGCAAUAUCAGGAGUUCGGAAUACCUCAGUACCUUGGUACCAACCGCAUUACAAGUGGAAGGUAUGACGUCCCACCAGUGGACACUGCUGUGCUAGUCACCAGGACUGAUUUCUGCGUUCAUAAAAAUGAACCCUGUGAUACAGUCGGUAUGGCUUAUCUGAGUGGUGCUUGCAGUGCUAAGAGGAAGUGUGUAUUAGCAGAGGACAAUGGCCUUAAUUUGGCCUUCACCAUUGCUCAUGAGCUCGGGCACAAUAUGGGAAUGAGCCAUGAUGAUGACCAUGCUAACUGCACUAGCCACUCGCACAUUAUGUCUGGUGAAUGGGUAAAAGGCAGAAAUCCAAACAAUCUUUCAUGGUCAUCCUGCAGCCGCAAUGACCUCCAGAACUUUCUCAGAUCUGGAGCCAGCAUCUGUCUACGUUAUACAGACCCCAGGAGCCGGCACUGGAUGCGCCUCUCCUCGAAGCUUCCAGGGAUGCACUAUAGUGUGGAUGAACAGUGCCAGAUCCUAUUUGGAACCAAUGCUACUUUCUGCACUGAAAUGGCGCAUAUUAUGUGUGCUGGCCUGUGGUGUUUAGUAGAUGGGGAUCCAUCAUGUAAGACCAAACUAGAUCCUCCUCUGGAAGGAACAGAGUGUGGAACAGACAAGUGGUGCAGAGGAGGACAAUGUGUGAGUAAGGCACCCAUUCCUCAACAUGUGGAUGGAGACUGGAGUCCGUGGAAUCAGUGGAGCAUGUGCAGUCGGACCUGUGGUACUGGAGUCCAGUUCAGACAGAGGAAAUGUGACAACCCCCCGCCUGGUCCAGAUGGACGACACUGUCCAGAAGCCAAUGUGGAGCAUAAGGCUUGUCAAGGCCAGCCUUGUCCCAAAGGAGCCCCAAGUUUCAGGGACCUGCAGUGUCUUGACCAACAUGACAGCAAAAGACAGAGCAGACUGCUGACUGGUUUUGUUAUUGAUGAUAAGCCAUGUAUGUUGUUCUGCAGCCCUGUGGGCCAUGAUGUCCCGGUCCUGAUGGCUGACAAAGUUAUUGAUGGCACUCCUUGUGGACCAUAUGAGGCAGAUCUUUGUAUUAAAGGGAGUUGUAAGAAAAUUGGCUGUGACAGCAUAAUUGGCUCCUUGGCAAAAGAAGACAUUUGUGGUGUUUGCAAUGGAAAUGGAGACUCUUGUAAAAUUGUGAAAGGAGACUUCAACCACACCAAGGGAAUGGUUUCUGUGUUUCUGUCAGGCUACAUUGAGGCUGUGGUGAUUCCUGCAGGAGCAUCGAGGAUCAAAGUCAUGGAAGACAAACCUUUACAGAGCUUUCUGGCUCUUAAAGACUCCAGCAAGAGAUCCAUCAACAGCGACUGGAAGAUUGAACUUCCAGGAGACUUUGAGCUGGCUGGAACCACGGUGCGCUAUGUUAGAAGAGGGCUGUGGGAGAAAAUUUCUGCAAAAGGACCUACUAAAUCUCCCUUACACCUAAUGGUCCUGCUCUUUCAUGACCAAAGCUAUGGAAUCCACUAUGAGUACACUAUACCUCUGAACACAAGCCAGGACCGGAUCAGUGAGAAGCAGAGAGAACCAGAGUACCUCUAUAUCUGGGCUCACAGCAGCUGGCAAAACUGUACUGUCCAGUGUGGAGGAGGGGAGAGAAGCACAGUUGUUUCCUGUAUGAGGAUAAUUAAUAACAGCAUGGAGGUUGUCAGUGAUAACUAUUGUCACUCUGAGACCCGGCCCCAGGCUAAGGUGCAACACUGCAACACUCUGCCCUGCCAAUACAGGUGGGUGACAGGUGAGUGGGGACCAUGUUCUGCCUCCUGUGGUAAAGGUCUUCAGCACAGAGAAGUGUCUUGUGUUUACCCCUCAGUAAAUGGCUCACUCAGGCACACCAAGGACUUGUACUGCCACGGAGGAAAACCUGCGGUGCAACAGGGCUGUGAGGACGACGCCUGCCUUACAACAUGGGAAGCUUCAGUGUGGUCAGAGUGUUCAUCAGACUGCAGCCAGGGUGUUCGCAGAAGGACAGUGCUGUGUAAAAACCCUGAUGGUGGAUGUGAUCCUUUCUCCAAGCCAAGUCAAGAAGAGCCUUGUGAAGAUGACUCUAAAUGCUACGAAUGGAAAUUUGGAGACUGGUCAAAGUGCUCAUCCACGUGUGGAAAGGGUCUGCAGUCACGAGUGGUCCAGUGUAUGCAUAAAGACACUGGUCGUCAUGGUGACAACUGUCCAUUAAUGUUGAGACCACCAAUUUACCGAUCCUGUUACCGUCAAUCCUGCUUUGUCAAAGUUCACAUGCCUGAAGAAAUACUAACCCAUGAGGUCGCACCCUGAUUGGUUGCUCCUUUGCUCUAAAGCCAAACAGCUGAUUGAGGAAAGAAGAAGAAGAAUACACAAGCUCCACAACAGCUGGUUAUAUGGAUAUUUUCCCAUCACAUCAGGUUCUUGAAGAGGACCGUACAGGAGGUCGGUCCUUCCCACUGUAACAUGAGGGAGGACCUUUUUUAAAGAUGAAUUGCACACUAUAUAAAUGUUUUGUUUAUAAUAACUUAGAUUUUUUUUUUUUUCUAGUAAAUAUUUGUCUGAGUUUCCAACAUUAAACCACAAUGGGAAGCACAGCACGCACAUCUAUAAGGGCAAAUAAAUCUUGGAAUGUGAGGCAAUCAGAAAUUUGGAAAUGAAAAAUUACAAGCUGUAAAUUUGAGUGCUUUUGUUCCAAGCUCCUUUUAUAUUUCAUAUAAACUGCUAUAUAGUUCGAAAAGCAAAAAAGAAGACUUAAUCCACCUGUUAAUGUGGUCUUGUUUGAUUUCAUUUUUUCUAAUGUAUACGUUUGUGUGGUAAGGUUAGGUAUUAUUUGUCUUUUUUAAAACCUGGUGCUAUAACAAUACGUUUGACAGAGAACUGAUACCUAAACUCUGCCUUAACAAAUAUAAAGUGAUCCUCUGCGACAAUGUGGAAGUUCCUUGGCCAGUGCUGCUGUAACUCCAUACUAUACCUAUAUAACAAAUGUUUCCAGUAAAGGAUUUUAUGAUUUUAUCUUAAUUAUACUAAUUAUCUAAUCCAUAUAGCUUAGGUCCACAUAAUGCUUACCAUAUUCAAAUCUGGUUUAAUACCAGUUUACCAUAAAAGCAAAAAUAUAACAUUGCUUGUGCUGUACAAGAGAACAAAGGAUAGUGUCUGAAUGAGAUCAUAGACACAUUAUGAGUUAGAGGUGAUCUGUUGUUAAUCUUCUGACUGGAGCAAAAUCUGCUUUCAUAUUACCAUCGUCUCAGUAAUAGUUGCAUGUCAUGUUGGAAUGAAAAUGGUUUGAAAUCACAUUCGACGGUUUUUUAACCAGCUGGCAGCUGAAAUAAAAAUAAUGUAUUGCUAAUUUGUGUCAAUCAAAAACUAAAUGUAUUUUUUUCACUACUAUAAAAGAAAACUUUUACAUUUCUGUUACAACUUUAUUAUCACGCCAUAGACACUAAAUUUAUGUCAUGUCUCCAUAAAAUAAACAACUACAUAAAAUAUUUUUAAAGCAGAUUUUCCCUCAAUUUCUGUAAAAAUGGAAAUACAAAGUUAGAAUUCAUCCAUUAAACAAGAAAGCUGUACAGCAAAUGGUCUGGUAAAAGAUGGUCACAACAUGGUCAUUAAUGUAAUCAACAUUGGAAGGUACUCAUCACAAUUGAAGCCUGUUUCUCCCCCAAGCUCCCCUCCCCUCCUCAUGUCCCGUUGUGCAAUCCAGCAUGAAAUACCUUCCCAUUGUCUAUCCAGAUAAUGUUGCCUGUGUUUUGGCCCUGAAUGUGUCCUGUUUUUAAAAUGUGUACUCUAACAAAAUGAUAAUGCAAUGAUCAUCAUUAUUAUUUUAAAACUUGAUAUUAAAUGAUUUCUUUUGCAACAA